UCUUAUCUCAUCUCUCUCUCUAUAGACAACCACAAGAACAUAAAAACACACAAACAACAAAAAAAAAAGUUUCUUUCUUUGAAGAUUGAAUCCAAAGAAAUGGAGAAAGUUGGUGAUUAUGAUGAGCUUGUUAACCUAAAGGCAACAGAGCUGAGAUUGGGAUUACCAGGGACAGAAGAAGAAACUGUUCCUUGCGGUAAAAGCAACAAAAGAGCAUUACCUGAUGAUACUGAGAAAGAGAUUGAAUCAACUGGCAAAACUGAAACAGCUUCUCCUCCAAAGGCUCAGAUUGUUGGAUGGCCACCAGUUAGAUCUUACAGAAAGAACAGCAUCCAGACAAAGAAGAAUGAAUCUGAAGGUCAAGGAAACUAUGUGAAAGUAAGUAUGGAUGGUGCUCCUUAUCUAAGGAAGAUAGAUCUAACAGUGUAUAAGAAGUAUCCAGAGUUGAUGAAAUCACUUGAAAACAUGUUCAAAUUCUCUGUGGGUGAAUAUUCCGAGAGAGAAGGAUACAAAGGCUCAGACUUUGUACCUACUUAUGAAGACAAAGAUGGUGAUUGGAUGCUUGUUGGUGAUGUUCCUUGGGAGAUGUUUGUUUCGUCUUGUAAGAGGCUAAGGAUCAUGAAAGGAUCAGAAGUUAAAGGUUUAGGUUGUGGUGUUUAACAAAAACCUAACUGAGAGACGAACAUCAAAUAGUUCAAAAACAGAGUUUUCUUUUUGUUGGUUCUGUUUCUUGAAACAGAGGAAACUGCUUGGGUUUUCGACAAACAUACCUAUGAAUUUUUUACCUUAUCGGUAAAAAAAAAAACUACUCUUUUUUCUUGUGGUGUUGUUGAUUCUGUAACAGAUGUAAACAGAGAGAUGCUUAAAAAUGGUCUUUAAGCAUAAGUGUGAGAAAGAUCUAAAUCUAAACUUUAGCUUGUAACGACUCUGUUCUCAAUUAAAAAGGGAAAAGGUUUUGCGGUGUUAGAAAGAUCUUGAUCUGAAAACAUUAUGUUUUGUGCUUUUUGUAAUGUUGUUCUUACCGAACAAAUUUGAUGUUUUGAUGUAAUUACCAAUUUCUA